AAAAAACCUUUUACUGAAGUAAUUAAAGCCAACAUUGGAGAUGCACAUGCAAUGGGACAGAGGCCAAUCACCUUCCUCCGUCAGGUUGUGGCACUGUGUACAUACCCAAACCUGUUGGACAGCCCAAGUUUUCCAGAAGAUGCCAAAAAGCGAGCUAGACGGAUCUUGCAGGGCUGUGGAGGUAACAGCUUAGGAGCUUAUACUGCCAGUCAAGGUAUAAAUUGCAUCCGUGAGGAUGUUGCUUCAUAUAUUACAAGAAGAGAUGGAGGAGUUCCUGCAGAUCCAGACAACAUAUAUCUUACCACUGGAGCAAGUGAUGGUAUUGCUACAAUUUUAAAGAUCCUGGUCUCAGGAGGCGGAAAAUCCCGAACAGGAGUGAUGAUCCCUAUACCACAAUAUCCCUUAUAUUCAGCAGCCAUAUCUGAACUAGAUGCUAUCCAGGUGAACUACUAUUUGGAUGAAGAAAAUUGCUGGGCUCUAGAUGUGAGUGAACUUCGCCGUUCCUUGAAUGAAGCUAAGGGAUAUUGCAAUCCAAAAGUGCUCUGCAUCAUCAACCCCGGAAAUCCCACAGGACAGGUGCAAAGCAGAAAGUGCAUUGAAGAUGUGAUACACUUUGCUUGGGAAGAGAAACUUUUUCUUAUGGCUGAUGAGGUUUACCAGGACAAUGUGUACUUUGAAGGAUGCCAGUUUCAUUCUUUCAAAAAGAUUCUGUAUGAGAUGGGACCCGAGUACUAUAACCAUGUUGAGCUGGCCUCUUUUCACUCCACCUCUAAGGGAUACAUGGGCGAAUGUGGCUACAGAGGAGGUUACAUGGAAGUCAUAAACUUGCAUCCAGAAAUUAAAGAUCAGCUUGUGAAGCUGCUUUCUGUUCGGCUUUGUCCUCCAGUCUCAGGACAAGCAGCAAUGGAUAUUGUAGUGAAUCCUCCAGUACCUGGAGAAGAAUCUUAUUCACAGUUCAUAAAGGAGAAAGAGUCUGUUUUGAACAACCUUGCCAAAAAAGCCAAACUAACAGAAGACAUGCUUAACAAAGUACCAGGAAUUCACUGCAAUCCACUUCAAGGAGCUAUGUAUGCCUUCCCACGGAUCUUUAUUCCAUCCAAAGCCAUUGAGGAGGCAAAGGCUCACAAAAUGGCACCUGAUUUGCUCUACUGCAUGGAACUUCUGGAAGAGACUGGAAUAUGUGUUGUACCUGGAAGUGGAUUUGGACAAAAAGAAGGAAGCUACCAUUUCAGAAUUACCAUUCUUCCUCCAGUAGAGAAGCUGAAGAUGCUACUGGACAAAGUGAAAGACUUCCACAUAAAAUUUCUUGAAAAAUAUGCAUGAAACUACUGUGGCUUUUUCCCCUUGUCCCCUCCCUGUCAAGGCAAGUGUAGAAAAUGAACAAAGAUGUGCUGAGAAUGUGCUGUUCACCUAAAUCAACUAAAUUCAAAAUAGAUAGAACUAAUCUCAGAUACUGCUACGAAUUAUAGGACUACUAAAUUUAAUGUCUGGCAUAAAAGACAUUGUUACACCAACCCUUUUUUUUU